UCGUAAUCAAGUCAGUCGUCUUUCACCUGUCAGCAUGUCCGGCAUAAUCAUAUUUCUGUGUCUUCCAAUCAUUGUUUUCCAUCUGCCCAAAAGCAUGUGUGCCACCUAACAGCAAACAUAGCAUAGAUUAUUGGCUGCACACGUCGUCCAUCCCGAAAUCCGUAAUCCAUAAACCGUGAACGUUACUCGUACAAUCAAACCUGACGAUGUUCAGAAAAGCCAAUCAACUCCACCCGCCGCCAUCAAUCCGUACAUCAUCGAACACACCGGACUGCAAUCAGCAGUGGCGAAGCGACAUGACAGCUCCUCCUCCUGCUCCUGCUGCGAACCCAAAGCCGGAGAAAAGCCGCAUCCUGGAGAUGCAUGCGGUGUUCCUGGGGCACGACACUCGCGGCGACAAUAAGAUAUCCAUCCGCCACCUGGGCGUCUGUCUCCGUGCGAUGGGCGCCAAUCCCUCGGAGGCGAUGGUCAGCAAACAUGUCCGCCAGUUUGAGGCCUCCACCAUGCAGCGCAUUUGCUUCGACGAGGUCAUGGCAAUCUACUGUAGUUUUGGCAAACACGGCGGCAUGUCGAGUCCCUCGGAAAAGCAGAUCGAGGAGCUGCAGUUCAUAUCCAGCCUGCGGCUCUUCGAUACGGAUAAUUCUGGCUGGAUGCCCGCCAUUAGACUCCGGCGAAUUUUAACUACGACCGGGGAGUCCAUGAACAGCUCGGAAGUGGACGAGCUGCUGAAGGGCAGGAUCAACGAACAGGGCUUGGUCGACUACAAGCAGCUGAUUCAUGACAUUAUUCAUGGGUAACUUGGGCACAGGAAAUCGAAAGGAGAAGCGUCAUCCAGAGGAGCUGGAAAUGGAAGAGUAGCCGGAAAACGAAAUAUUUGUAGACAGGUGAAAAGCGUGUUUGAAUAAAAUGUUUUGUAUAAAAACCACAA